AUGGCGUCCGUUAUACAUUAUCCUAAAUCUCGGAGAGAUGAAAAUGCGGUAAAUGAUUAUCAUGGCUCGAAGAUUCACGAUCCUUACGUUUGGUUGGAAGACCCAGACUCGGAGGAAACGAAAAGAUUUAUAGAACAGCAAAACGCUAUUACGAUGCCCUAUUUAUCAGCUUGCGAGACGAGAGAAAAUUUCAAGACCAGGUAUAAAUGCGGGCUUUGUUUUAGGACCAAGGUCACACAAGAAAUCACUAGUCCACGUUUCCAUUUGGUAGACUCAAUCUCCUAAGAAGAUUAGCUCAAAACGAGUUAUCACCCCGGGAAAAUUCAGCAGAGUUUUCGUGAUUUUUCAGGUCCCGCAUUUUUGCGUUCAGAAUGACAUGUGCAAACUAUACGGGGAUAUAUUGAAUUGUUAUAGUGUACCUUAAUGGGUGUCAAAUGAUUUCCUUACGAAGUCUCUACGUCUCGUUCUCUACUUAUGUUUCUUUAUUUAUUUACUUUUAUAUAUUUUUUGGCAUGAUUUUAUUGAUUUGACAUGACAUUGAUUUGACAUGACUUCCCCCAGCUCAGACGUUAAACGUUUGUGAAGGACUUAAAAAGGUUGUAAACAAGUCACCAUUUCCAUUGACAAAUGUGAUUAAAAAACGAUUUCAAUUAAAAAAAAAACUGAAAAAUAGAUAAGGAUGGAAUUAAAAAAAAAAAGCGAAAAAAAAAACUGAUAAUAAAAAUGCAUAUUUUGAGUGAACAAAACAAAACGUAUUAAGUAAUGUUAUGUCAAUAGGUUCCAGUAGUUCAGUUGAUUAUAAUGGUACUUCUUUAUUUCAGGCUAACUGAGAUGUGGGACUAUCCAAAGUAUGGUUGUCCAAUUAAAAAAGGAGCAAAGUACUUUUACUUACAUAACUCUGGUCUGCAAAAUCAAAGGUGCAAUAUCUUAGAGGCAAUGACCUUUGUUGCAUACGAAAAUGCAUAAAAAAACACAAAAACCGGGCACUUUUCCUAGGAAUUUAUGCAUUUCAUGUUUGAAUUGCCUGUUCAAGCACUGUUCAGAAUGAAGAGAAAGGACAAGAUCCCCAUGAACUUUUCAAGUACAUUUUACAGUUGAAAAAUAAAUUUUCUUGAAGCUUUCUUCUGACUCACAAUUCAACAUUCAAAGUCUGUUCUUUUUUCAUAUAAGAGACAAAAUUUACAUGGAUUGUGUAUUGUGACUGAUAUAUUGAUAUUUAUCAGGCUAAAUCAGUAACAGGGAGAUGUGGUUUUAGAUCAAUUAUAUGCACAUUAAUAUAGAAUUUAAAGCUUUACUAGAGCAAUAUCCCUGUAUCUCUUUAUUAACUAAAAAACUAACUGCAUCUUUCAUGUAGAUUCAGUGAGUGGUUCGACCCAAGGAAAGCAGUUGACUGUGUUGUAUAAUUGUUCAGGUUACAUUAAUCCCUUAAUUAGGAACUGUUGUCUGUGCUAGCAACAAGCAGAACAUGGGGUAUUUUCAGAGUCAAGAGUAAUAGAAUUAUAGAUCUCUUCAAGCACUUCAGGACAUUUGUAUAAGGUGCAUAACUGUUUCUCUUUCUUUCUUGAUACUUGAUUAAUGAUGAUUUGUGAUUUAUAUACAUUGUAGUGUUUUGUAUGUCCAAGACUCUUUGGACAGUGAAGCACAAGUAUUUCUUGACCCCAAUAAACUGUCUGAAGAUGGUACAGUGGCAUUGGCUAAAAGAUCUUUCUCUGAUGACGGAGAGUUCUUUGCUUAUUCUUUGUCAUAUAAGGGAUCAGAUUGGGUCACCAUAAAGGUACUGAUAGUAUGCUUGCACAAAGAGUUUAUUUACCCUUUCACUCCCACAAGUGACCAGGACAGAAUUUCUCCUUACAAUAUGAAUACACAUCAAGCAUGCAAGUGAUGAGAAUAGAGAAGAAUAUCAAUCACAGGAUUAUUAGUUGAUCCAAUACCAAAUUCUUUGAACUAACAUCAUGAGAAUUGUAUGGCAGAUAGUAAGGAGAAUUACUAAUCAGAUCUUGGGAGUGAAAGGGUUAUUAACCAGCACUCUUGAGCUUGGUCUGUUUUGGUUGGCAUAGCGAGUAUAAAUAAAUUUUGGUGACCAAAAGUUGCCAAUUUAAUGAUAUGUCACUUACUUGUAAUAAGGUGUAUAAUUCUCAUUACUUUGCGUUUAACUAGUCUCAAGUCAUAAUAAGAUAGUCAUUUACAUACUAUCAAUGCUUUACUGUUUUCGUUAAUAAACUUCUUGGUGACCAUGUCAUGAUGUGUGGUUCCCUCUGAGCAAUUUCGGAAAAAAGUUGUUGAUGGAGCACAUUUUAUUUCCUUAUAAGGAAGAGUAAUGAUAGCUGUGUAGAAAUUGGAAACUCAAGCAAGGUCAUUCAUGAAGGUCUGAUUUCCUUAUGGAACUUUAGUCUUUCUAGGUCUAAAAGUUACUCCAGAUGAAUUUAUUACAGACUAACAUAAUUAAACCAGCUCCCAUUUGGUUUGUUAGCUCAGUUGAUAGAGCACUGCACCAGUAUUGCAGAGGUCAUUGGUUCAAAUCCUGCCCCUACAGGCCUUAAUAUUUUUAAAGUCUUGUGUUCACUAUGUCCUUAGUUAGUAGUGUUCAUUACUGCAAAGAUUGCUGUCAUAUUCAUUUCUUGAACCACUGUUCACAUAAUUAUAUGAUUUUUAUAUAUUUGCAAUCAUAGAUGAAAUGAUGUGGAUUAAAAUUUAAAUCUUGCUUGCUUUUCCUCUCCCAGUUUAUGAAAGUAGAUGGUCAAGAACAGUUGCCAGACACUUUAGAGAAUGCAAAGUUUACAAGCAUGGCUUGGACACAUGAUAACAGGGGAUUAUUUUACAAUGUGAGAACUACAUAUAAUUUCUUCAUAAUCAAAUGGCUUUAAGGAUGUUCAAUAAGGUUUUUCCACAAACUUUUGUGGGAUCUUUUUUUUUCUCUUAUAACAGAAAAUUCUGUCAAGGGUACUAAACUUUUGCUGGCUAACAUGUUCUUUAAAUUUGUUAAACACACUCUCUUGUGAAAUGGGAGGACUCUUAUCUAUAUGGCCAGAGUGCUGAACAAGACGAGAGCAAUAUGAGAAGACAAACUCAUACCUAAGCCCAUAUUUUUGGGGUCAGGUAAAUAAGUUCAUGAGAUUUUACAUAGAAUUUUGUUUCUGUUACCUUCCUCUCUCAUUGAAGAGGGGAUGGGGACACAAGGCCUCAUCUCAUGGACAACCACUGAUCAGUGGGCUGAUUAAUGUACUAGUGGUUCAGGAGAUGAAUUUCCUAUUGUUGAUGGUGACGAUAGAUGCUAAUGGGACAUGAAAAUUUAUUGUCAUGUUUAUUUAUUUUAUUGAUACUUAAGUUUAGAAGGUUAGUUUAAUUGGUUCUAACAUAUAUGUAAAUAAUUUUUAAAUUUUAAGCGUUACCCAACUGGUGACAAAGCAGAUGGAACAGAAACUGAUCUAAACCUCAACCAAAAGGUUAGUGGUAAUGUACUUAGAAUACUGUGAAAUUUUAAACCUCUUCUUAUUUGAAGUUAAGAAAAUAAUGGUUAGGGUGCAGAAUGCUUGCAACCAUUGAGUUAUUGAUGCAUGAGGGAGAUUUAUAGGCUUGAAAGAGGGGUAAGAGUCCUACAGGGUGUUGGCAGAGUGCGACUCUAGCUUUUUGAGUGCAUUCAUGACUCAAUGGUUCCAUUUCUUUUAUAACAUUGGGACUUUCAAACAUCUUUUGUUUAACGUAGAAAAAAUGAGCAAACAAACUGAUGUCAUUAUGCAACCCACAGGCAAAUGGAUCAAGCGUAUUAGCCAAUCAAAGCAUAUGCUUUCAUAAAGCUAAUUGUUGUAAAACAGUUUAAUCAGUUGUUACUCAGCACAUACAAGUUGAAAAGCAAAGACAAGCUGUAGGGGCUUUAAUAAGAUCUACAGCUACACUGUAAGAGGUCUAUUCAGAUGUUCAAGUGUGAGUCUAAUGCUUUCAUGGAACAUUAAGCAGGAAAUAUCAUGCAGUUGUACAUCAUUGUUCCUUUAAAUUUUCGUAACAUUGUUAAGUAUGGGUUUAUCUUUGUUUUACCAACAGCUCUAUUACCAUGUACUUGGAACCAGCCAAUCUGAUGAUGUUCUCUGUGCUGAAUUUCCUGAGCAUCCAAAGUGGUCUACGUAAGUUACUAUGUUCAAGUACAUAACAAUACAUUCAGUAGAUUUUGGAAUUAGGAAAACUAAGCAACACAGAACAAAACAAACUAACGAAAAAAAAAACGGGUACAACUACAGUAAGAGAAACAAACUACCUUUGAGCUUACUUGGUGAUCUUUUUGUCAGAAAAAAAUAUCAAUUGUGUACCCUGUGCAAAGAACUGACUUUGCAUAUUUUGUUGUGAAGUGUGAUGUAUUUUUACCCUGCUCAGCAAAAUGUGAUGUUGUUCAGGUGAUUGUUACAAAGGGAUAACUGCACGGGCCAAUGAUACUGUGUUGCCAGAAUCAAGAGUUUAGAGAAUAAAUCUCGCCACAUUGAGCGUUCUUUGCGGCGACUAUGAGUACGCGAACUGAUCAAACUUCACAUUUUUUGGGAAGGAGGGGCUGGGGGUGUGUUGUGUGCGGUAAGGGGGAUGGGGAUUGGGGAUUGGGGAUUGUAAAAUAUGUCACGUGUUUAGAGCCAUAAUCGUGCUGGAUUUUUUCGAAAUUUUAGGCUUAAACGGUGUAAAUUUAGCUCUUAAAAAUAAACAAAUCGCAUGAGUAACGCGGAAUUCUAAGAUAAUUGAAAUUGAGGCGACUUGAAUUUCACGAGGUUCUAUAGCUAUACACAGUGGAGCUAUAUUUUUUCAUAGCAUCGUGCUUUGAAUCUCAAGUUACGAAGCAUGCCAUUUAAACAAACAGGCUUACAUGGACAUUUAACGACAAUUAUUAUUCUAUGAUUGUCUUACAGAGGUGCAGGAGUUAGCGACUGUGGAAGAUAUUUGAUUUUAACCCCUCAUGAAGGCUCUGCCCCAUUCAAUAGACUCUUUUACUGCGAUCUCAAAUAUCAAGAGGGUAUUACAGGUGAAAAUUUUUUUAUCUCCUUUUUGAAACAUGUAUAUUUGGCAUUUUUGUCUGUAAAACAGGGCGGCUUUGCGUAAGGUUCCGGGAGAGUGAUUUUUUUUAACCAUAAAGUGUUAUUACUCACAUUUUCCUAAAGAUGUACAAUACUCGUCCAUCUUUGGUAAACGCACAGCUUUCUUUUGAUCCUCCGUCACUCAAACCGAGGGCCAGCGGUUUUGGAGCAUCUCAUAGGUCGUGUGACACGUUGCUGCUCGACCUAUGACAUAUUUGUGACUGGUCACGCUUUUCACACGGACCUCGCUUACGUCACCCAUCUGUCACUACGCACGAAAUGCGUAAUGACAGAUGGGUUCUUGACUUUUUGUCUGUAGUUAUUAUAACGUUCUUUAGCUUUUACCAGAAGAAACCAUUCUAAUAAUUUAUCCCUCUAACUCCUAGGAUGCAACUGUCGAUUCUCCCCCUCGAGAAUUAGGCGUUGGAUCAACCUUUUUCCUGAUAAGUUUGGGCAUUCUCGUUAUCUGUUUGCCUGAUAAUGUAUGGAUAUUAUAGGGAGAAGUUACAUGUUAAUCGUUAGUGGAAAUUAAAGGAUUGAGACGAAUUCUACACCUUACAUGGUAUUUCUUUUUUUUUAAUUUUUCUGUGUGUGGCAGGUUUGCUUCCUUUUGUGACGGUUGUGGACAAUUUUGAUGCACAAUAUGAGGUGAUUAGAAUGAUAAUUAUUGACUGAUAGAGGUGAACGAGUUUUGAAAUCCUGUUUGGAGCGACUUCUCUACGUAGAGGGAAGUUGCAGAGAUCUCCAUGUAGAGGCACUGGGGAAUUUGACCUACGUGUGUUCAAAUCUUUCCUCCGCUUCGCUCCUACAUUUGUGUGUACAAUCCGCAAGCCUUGUCAUUAAAAAAAAAGUGCUAUUUACCUCUUUAAAUAUUAAUGUAGUUAUCUGAAAUUUGAUAAAGGUAGAUUUUUUUCUCAUUAUUUGUAACAAUUAUUUUUACUCUUUAGUACAUUACCAACGAAGGAACACUGUUCACCUUCAAAACGAAUUUCAAAUCUCCUAGAUACAAGUUGAUUAACAUAGACUUUUCAAAACCAGAAAUGGUGAGUGUUAUUCUUGUACAUGUAAUCACACUUAAAACAAAUCAUAGGAAGGGUGUCUAAUGGUUUUACAGUUUGCAAGGAAAGGAAACACAUAAUCAUUGCCGUAUCCUGAGAGAGGAAAAUGUGUUAAACAGUAUCGACACGAGAAUUGAAAAUAUCAUCAUGUGAAGGAAUUUUUUUUAUGCUCUGAUCUGGCUAAAAAUUCUCAUUACUUUUAGAGAAAGAUGCGACUAUUUAGCAGGCAUUUCGGGCUUCAGAGGCAGAAUAGCUUUUACUCUGUGCUGGUCGCCCAGUUGUAGUCCAAGUUGCUUUCAAGGCCUGUGUUUGGAAGGCUGUAAAAUUUCUGUGAAUUUGCAUUAAUCAAGGGAAAACAGGAUAGUAAAUUAUGAUUUUGAACGAAAUUCCUACUUUCAUACACCAAUGAUCGUUAUCAUUGUCAUUGUUGGUAUGAAUAUUAUUAUUACUAUUAUUGUUUUGACGAUCGUUAUCAUUAUUUGCAUAUUUUGUUAAGGAAAACUGGACCACUUUGGUUGAAGAAGACGAGAACGACGUCUUAAAAUGGGCUACCUGUGUCAAACAGAACUUUCUGGUACUCUGCUAUCUUCAUGACGUCAAGGUGGGCUAUCUGUGUUUUGAACACGCGUUCUUGAAGCUUUUUAAGAGAGAGAUGCGGGCCUAUCCUUUCUAAAAGAAAACUCGAAAAAAAAAAGAGAAACCAACCUGAAACUUCAUCUCCGCUAAUUUGGUCUAGAAACUUAGGCUAGCACUUCAAAGUAAAUAUACAGUAUGUUAGAUAAAGAUGUUAGUAUUAAUUCUGUAGUGAAUCUUGCCUACAGAGCAUUCUUCGUCUUCACAAAAUCACUGGAGAAAGACUCAUGACCUUCCCACUCGAUAUCGGCAGCAUUGUAGAGCACUUUGGAAAGCGGAAGGAUUCAGAGGUAAGCGAAUCCAACACUGCAAUAGUCACAUACUAAUAUGUAUUUCACGGAUGAAUGUUCAAUCGAUUUUAAUAAUUAUUCAUCGGUUUCUAUAUUUUGUACUCAGUUGCAUAUUCUUACUUUAAGGCAGGUAUAGAUAUACAGGAUAAAAAAAAUUACCUGCAAGGGGACACUGUAACCUGCACGAAAACCUUUUACCCAUUCACGGCAAAAAAAAAAAAAAAAAAAAAAAAAAAAAAAAAAAAAAAAAAAGAAAAAAAGCUGAUCAUUUAUAAGUCUAAAGCUUAGGUGUUUAUGUAUUUAGUGCAAGUCAAUACCUACAUAACGCUUUCCUUGCGUUAAUAUUUGCUUACUUUUUUUUCUUUCAGAUUUUCUACAAGUUUACUUCGUUUCUGACUCCUGAAGUCAUCUAUCGUUGCGAUUUGACGCAAGAAGAUCCCCAACCCAAGGUUUGCAUUUGAAAGUCAGCUCAAUUCAGUCACGAUCCUCUGAAAUGUUCUCGACCUCGUGUCAGACCCAGUAGAAGGUCUUAGGGUGUUUUGAAACAGUGUAUUUUCUUGGCAGGUUUUUCGUGAAACAAACGUGAAAGGGUUUGACUCAAGUCAGUACCAGACUGUCCAAGUGUUUUAUCCAAGCAAAGAUGGAACCAAGAUCCCAAUGUUCAUUGUUCAUAAGAAGGUGAGUGCUAGAACCAAACCCAACAGCCUCCUCACAGGUCAACCCUUUUACUUCCAAGAUCUCAUUAGUAAUUUUCCUUACUGUCUGCGAUACAAUUCUUAUGAUGUUGGUUCUGAGAAUUUGGUAAUGAAUCAACUAAUAAUCCCCUAACUGUAAUUUUUAUUUAUUCUCAUCACUUGUCUGUUUACUAUGGUAUUGAUUUGGUAAGGAGAAAGUCUGUCUUGGUCACUCAUGAGAGUUAAAGGGUUAAACAGACGGCAGUGAGAGGUCUUGUAGGUGGUGGUUGACCAUCCCUAACUAGCAUUCUUUGAGACCCCUGUUAUUGUAACUCAACUCCGCCUGCCAUUAGGAUCGUGUGUUCAACCAGACCAGCGGAUAAGUCAGGAUGCAGUUGUCUUGUUGAACAAACGAUCCUGAUGGUUUUUGUUCUCAUUAUUGGUUUUCUUUCACUAGUCCCAAGUAUAUAGCCUGUCGUUGCUUUGUUCUUUUUUUUAUUCCUUUUAUAUUCAUGUAGUAUGAAUAACAAUUAAUUAUCUUUUUUCUUUUGUAUUUUUAUUAUUUGACUUUUCAGGGUAUCGAGUUAGAUGGAAGCCAUCCGCUGUACUUAUUUGGUUAUGGAGGGUUUAACAUAUCAGUCACGCCGUCCUUCAAUGUGUCAAGGAUCGUGUUUAUGAGACAUCUCGGAGGCGUCAUCGCCAUACCAAACCUGAGAGGUGGAGGGUAAGUCAUAUAUACAUUACCACACUCAACCUGAGGGGUGGAGGGUGAGUUAUAUGCUCAUUGCCACGCCCAACCUGAAGGCUGAAGGAUAAGUUACAUGUACAUUACCACAUCCAACCUAAGAGGUGGACGUCAAGUCACAUGUACAUUGCCCUAUCUAAGGUGAGGGGUGGGGUAACAUAUGUACGUUGUUAUACCAAACUUGAGGGGAUGAAUGUAAAUCACUUACAAUGCCAUACUCAUCCUCACAGAUGGAGGGUGAGUCAUGUACCUUGCCAUGCGUAGGGUAAACGCGGGGGGGUGGGAAAGUUAGAGGUACACUGGUUCAUCCAACCUCAGGGGUGAAGGUUGACUUAACACUACAUUAAUUACAUUUUCCUGAAGUUAAGGUUAUAAUUGAAUUUUUUUUUCUUGGCAGUGAAUAUGGUGAAACUUGGCACCAAGCGGGCUGCUUUGGCAACAAACAGAAUGUAUUUGACGACUUUCAAUACGCCGCCAUUUACCUCACCCAACAGAAAUACACAUCCCCAGAAAAGUAUGUUUAUUGCUCCGCGCAUUUACAAAAAACAAACGACGUGAACACUUUAAAACUUAUAAAAGCUAAGUUUUUCGUUUGUCUCACGAUGUAGUCACGUGUAAUGUAGAUCGAGACGUUUCGACUGCAUACUGCUAGUCUUCUUCAGGCGAUGAGGUCGACUGGUUAUGUGUGAUCUUAUAAAGCAUGAUGCUCUGCUGUGAUUAGUUGUUUUUCAGCAGCUCCGAUUGGUGCAUUUCGAUCCUUGCUGUUCACUCAGUGAUUUGCUCCCUCGGCGGUCCGCUGUUGCACGGCUCUCCUGUUGUGUGGAUUAAAAAAAAACCUUUGCCGUUGUCCUUCGAUAUUGUUGUAGAUAUUUUCUAUGAACGUAGUCAUUACGUAGCAUGUAAUGUAAGUCGGAUUUUUCUAGUGAAUUUUCUUCUCAGGUGCACGUUCCCUAACCACCUCCUUCUCCCUCUUCCCCGCCCCCUCUUCCCCCCGUUCCUCCCCGUUCCUCCCCGUUCCUCCCCCGUUCCUCCCCCGUUCCUCCCCCGUUCCUCCCCGUUCCUCCCCCGUUCCUCCUCCCGUUUCUCCCCGUUCCUCCCCCCGUUCCUCCCCCCGUUCCUCCCUCCCGUUCCUCCCUCCCGUUCCUCAAUGGAAACACGUUGUAAAUGGGUUUUUGUUGAGUGCGUGGUCGAAAUUCCCAGAACAAAAUUGAGUUUUGCUUUUGUUGUUUGUUUGUUUGUCUGUUGUUGUUGUUGUCUUUUUUAAUCAAGAAAUUUUUUUUUCGGAAUUCUUUUUAUAUAUUUAUUCAUUUCCUUAUUCGCUUUUUCAUUUGUUUAUAUUUCUAAAGAAUAACCAUCGUCGGUGGAUCCAAUGGCGGCUUGUUGGUGGGCGCGUGCAUAAAUCAGAGACCAGAGUUGUUUGGUUGCGCUGUUUCACACGUUCCGUAAGUUAUGAGAAUUUGUCAUGGUCUUGUCUCAUAAUUUGAGCAUGAACUAAUUGAAAUCCUUUCAUCUCAUGUGUCAGAGUUAUGGACAUGCUCAAGUUUCAUAAAUUUACCAUCGGCCAUGCAUGGUAAGUGGUAAUAUGCUUUAAUCACUUACAUUGUAGCGUUUUUGUGGUUUUCUUGUGAGCAUCUUUUUGUAGAAUUUAUGUUCUUAAUCUGAUCAGGUUCUAAACGCAGCCCUUAAAAGAUUUCUUAAAGAAAAGUUUGUUUUGUUACCUUUUUAUUGUUGAUGUUGUUGUUGCUUUUUAUUUUUCGUAAAGGACAACAGACUUUGGUUCACCCGAUAAGGAGGAGGAUUUCAAAUGGCUUAUCAAGUGGGUUGUUAAUAAUACUGUACUUCUUUACCAGUGGAGGAGAUACUCUAAAAUUGUUCUUGGUGGUAUUCAAGCUCUUUUUGUAUAGAAAUCAAUAGUUACAGCUGGCCAACAAUCUUCCCCCUCCCUACCUUCCGUAAAAAAAUACUUAAACAACAACCUGAUUGUCAAUCCAAAAGAGAGUGCGUGACGCAGUCAUGCGCAGUAUGGUUAUACGGUAUGAUCAUUUGUGACUCAUAGAAAAUGCUAUAGUUGGUUACAGCAACUGAUGUUUCGACGAACAAGUUCUGAUUGGUUGAUUUUUGCUGCAUAACUGGCUAUACUUCGCCUCCAAAUCCUUUACUGCUGUUUGCGAUGUGUCUAGUACCAAACCGUAUUACAGUUUAAUCGAAAAAAUUGAAAGAACCUUCUCGUUUUUCUUUAAGACAUGCCAUUUUUUAGAAAGUUUAAAUCUGGCUCAAAAUGUCGUAAACCGAAGUAAAUGUUUCUCAGUGUCUUAUGUUACAAGUUAGUUGAUUAUUUUGGCCGGCCAGCUUCAUUGCUGGAAAAAAAUGAAGCAAAAGAUCUGAUCCGGUUCGCGACUGACGCCUUUUUUACAGUAGUGGAAAUUACAGCAUUAGGGAGUCUCAAGGACAAUCUAAUCCAAGGAAACAACGACGAGUGUCGUGAAUUUAAUUUCCAUUUUUUAUGCGUUGUGAUAUUUUUAGCCCUUUGAUAAAUCCGUUAGUGACCACGCAUGUUCGACCAGUAUGGCUAAGUACUGGUCUCGUUCAUUUUCGCGUUUUUGUGAACCUCGACAUAGCCCUGAUCCAAUUUCCACGCUUGAUCAAUGAUGAAGUGGUAUGGUUUUAUCUCAGAUAUUCUCCUCUUCAUAACAUCAAGAUUCCCGAAAGUGGUGCCCAGUACCCUGCACUUCUACUGCUAACUGCUGACCAUGAUGAUCGAGUAGUCCCCUUACAUUCUCUAAAGUACAUCGCCCAAUUGCAACAUUGUGUUGGUAGUUACGAGAAGCAGGUAAUAUUCGUCAUCAGAAAAUGUCACCUCAGAAACGUAAAUGACAAAUGUUUUCAGAGCAUUACAGUGAAAAUAAACCGAAUGACCGUACAAUACUUGUAACAAAAGGACAAAAAAAUAUCGCUUUCUUGCAGACAAAUCCUUUGCUGAUCAGAAUUGAUACAAAAGCUGGUCAUGGUUUUGGGAAACCCACAGCCAAGAUUGUAAGUUGGCACAUUCAUCUCUGUUACUUUCGUAAUUAUCGCUUACUCAGUAGGUGGACUGACAAAUGAAUUAGUUAAAACCCGUAUUCAUUUAGAUUUCUGUGGCGGGAACAGUGAGCACAGAUGCGUAAGUUGAGAGGAAAUGGAUUAAUCGCGUCAAAGAGGGUUAUGAACACUUCAAAGCGGGGAAACUGCAGUGCAUACUUUUCUUAUGUAGGAUUCUGUGAAUUUCAAGUUCAUUGUUUCGUCACUUAGCCCACUGUCCCGUUAUAUUUACCCUCGGCCUUUGACAAAAAUGCGAUUUUAAUUUUACCUUAAAACCUUUCUGCACCAACAAUGGUAAGGUAUUGGAAGGUUAGCGUAACCUGGCCUCGCUUCCGUACAUGCGCACAGAGCAGGACCUUUUCAGGCCUACAAAACGACUUCGAUUGCUUUUUUGAGUGAGACAGAAUCCCUUUUUGUUAUUGAUCAUCUUUACAGGACCUUAGGUGCCAGUCUUCCUUCACCUAACUAAUGCAUUUUUAUUUUUCUUUCAGAUUGAAGAAUGUUCCGAUAUAUAUGGUUUCAUUUCACGAAAUGUUAACCUAAAAUGGCAAGACUGAUACGUACAAGUGCAGAGCAUUAUGAAAACAUGCUUAAAUGAAGCAGUUGUAUCCUUAGUGUCACGCACAACCCUGCGUGACACUUGCGUGCGAUAAUUAUACCAUCGUUAAGGCCUCCUGUGCCGACCAAGAAAAGCCUCUUAUUAUAUAUAUAAUUGCUAUUUAAACUUACUGUAUUAUCAUUUUAUCACAAUUACAAUUAUAUUUUUUUCUGUUAUUUCUACUCCUCGUGCUUGCAAUAAAUACCCU